AAACAAUAACCCAAUAACCUCAUCUUGAUUUCUAUCUUUUUUUGGAAAAAAUUUAAUGAACUCAUAGCAAUGGAUAUUGAAGAAAAACAUAAAAAUUACCUCAAGUUAUUGAACAAAAAUGAAAAAUUCAGUGAUGAAAUUUUAGAUAAAUUAUUGGAAAACUGUUCGAAAGCUUUAUCAAGCCACACAGAAGUCUAUGAUAUUUCAAGCCUCUCUCAAGAUGACACAACCGAAAUAAAACAACUAUAUGCCUCACUGCUGUACGUUUUUGCACAGUUUGUCAGAAAUUCUCAAUCUAGUGAAGAAUUUUCCAAUUUUCUGUUGACAGAAUGUGAUAUCGAAAAGGAUAGGGCUCAGCUAUUAGAAAAAUAUUACGAAGAAAGCUAUAAUAGUAUACGAAUGCAGUUGUUAAACAUUGGAAAUUAUUUACCACACAUUACUGAUGUUAGAUGGAAAAUUGAUUAUAUGGUAAAGUCGAGCACUUGGGACCAGUCUGAAGGACCAAUUUUCAGAGUUUCUCUGAAAACGGAAAAGUUCGAUUCUACAUUGAAGGGCCCCAAAAUUGAAUUUAUAGAAUUCAGUUGUACCGGUCAAGAAUUGCAGGAUUUGGUUUAUAAAUUGAAAGAUGCAGUGAGGCAUUGUCAAAAACUUGCUAAUAACCAUAACCAUUAAAAAAGAAUAAGAACUAUUUAAACAUAUUUUUUCACAAUAUACUUUUAUUUACAUCCAAUAUUGUUUGUUUAUCCUCAACUUAUUCACAAAUUUGAGGUCCAUAAAC